AUGAAAUUUUCAGCCACCAUUCUCUUGAUCGUUGCUCUUUUGGCUCCAAUUGUAUUCUCUUUUUCAACCGAAUACAAAAAAGAAUACGAAAAUGAUUUUCACAAAAUUUGUAAAAAUAUUGAAUUUAAGAAACCCGUCGAUGGCAUCAUUUAUAAGAUCAAUAGCACUCAAGUUGCGGAUGUUGUUCUCCCCAAAGAGUGUAUUAAAAAAUUCGGUCAUUAUUUGAAGAUCACUGUCGAAGUUUUCAGUAUUGCCGCCAACAAAGUUGUUGAUACUAUCGUUGAAAAGGAAUACAUCUAUAAUCGUCCUACCGUCUUUCUUUACUUGAUCGAUAAAGUAUGGGCCAAUGAUCGUGCCAAAUACUUUCUUAUAGCCACCGUUUUUCAUAAAAAUAAUCACGUCCAAGGUAAAUCCGGAACUUUCAUCACUGUGGAUGACAAGGAAAAAAAGUAUCAUUAUUAA